CCUUUUAAUUUAGUUUAAAUAGUCGACUUCUCCAAUGUGUUUAUAUAAUAUCAUUGUUUAAUAUCAUAAAACAAUGUAUGACUUGUGUAUUAUUGGAGCUGGAAUGAUUGGGUCGGCUGCUGCCCGGCAUGCAACAGUCACUUCCGGUCUAAACACGUGUUUAAUAGGACCAACAGAACAAAAGGAUAGAGGCUCUGAUAAGACUAGCGGAAUUGAUGGUUCCUAUUUUGACGAGGGUAGAAUAACACGAUGUAUGGAUAAAGAUGUCGUGUGGGCAACUUUAGCACGAGAAUCAAUCCAGCGCUACAGGGACCUCGAACAACAGUCUGGUAUAAAGUUUUAUCACGAAGUUGGAAAUCUAAUGAUAGGAGGAAGAUCUUAUUUGAAUAAGACCGAUGAAGUAGCGUCAAGAAAUGCGAUUCCUACCAGAAGCUUGGUUGUGGUGGUGACGACGGUUGUGGUGAGAUUGUUUGAUAAAGAGGAGGAGGAGGUGGGAUGGAGGAAUGGGAGUGACGGGAUUGCUUUCGUCUCCUAUGUGGGAUUAGUUAUCGGUUACUUGCGGAGUAAUCCAUCGGGAAAGCCCGGUUAG